AGAACUUUGUUGCUAAUACUUUCGAGAUUGCCUGGAUUCCGAGUCCUUCGAGCUGAUUGCCUUCCCGAGAUCUCAGCUCUUAAGGAAAAACAUGCAUUCGUUGCUUCUCCUCGGGUUCUGUAUUGCGUUAGUAAGUGCCCAGGGCCCCGCUGUUCCUAAUUUCCCCCCUGGAGGGAACGGAGCACCAGUUUUGCCGCACCAAGAGGUGGCCACCUAUCCCGAAGCAUCAAAUUCUUGCCCAUCCAUUCACGUCCUGCCUGACGUAACAGCAAGACCACCCAGCUGUACCCAGGGACCUAAUCCUAGUGGUACUGUGUGUCACUUCUCAUGUGGGCCCGGAUUUCGCGUAAAGGGACCAUCAGUCACUGUUUGUCACGACGACGGUUCAUGGUUAUUUGGUCAGCGGAGUAUAUCGUGUGUCGAUAGGAACGAGUGUCGCUUCAGGAAGGGCGGCUGCUCCCACAAGUGCGUGAAUACGAUCGGUGGCUACCACUGCGAGUGUCCCGACCCCCUGGUACUAGAUAAGGACAACCGCACGUGCCGAGCCGUCGGUCUCGUGCUGAAUUGCACCGAUCAUGAUAUCAAGAUCACCAUCCCCAAGUACGCCCUUUCCGACCUUCAGGGAGACUACUUACAGUUGCGUGACCCGACCUGUCACGCUUACGAGAACAAGACGCACUACAUCUUCAAGACACCGCUGACCGGGUGUGGUACGACGCGCCGUCACACUAAGAACUUCAUCGUCUACAGCAACAAGGUGUCCGAGAAAGCGGUAGCGCAUCGCGGGCUCAUCACAAGGAUCGGAGACGGCGAGUUCAACAUCCCUUUUUGCUGCUACUAUCUCAAUAAUGGAAUCGUCUCCUCUGUCGGGUACAAACCUUUCGUUAAGGAACUCGUGAUCAAGGAGAAAGCCUACGGCCGCUUCAAGCUGCGCAUGGACUUCUUUCACGACGCAAAUUACCAGAGCGCGUACACAUGGGGGGACUUCCCCGUGUCUGUCUACUUGCGGGAGCGCCUUUACUUUGAAGUGUCCAUCGACUCCCACGAUCCGAACCUGAUCGUCUUUGCCGGCAACUGCUGCUCGACGGCUACCAGGGAUCACGACAAGGCGGGUCGAUUCCGCUAUGAAAUCAUACACGAGGGCUGUCUUGUUGACUCGACUGCGCGCAUGGAGCAAAGCUCAAACCCUCACAAGCAGCGCUUCAGCGUGGAAGCCUUCAAGUUCGUGGGCAAGUUCCCAUUCGUAUACCUUCACUGUAGCGUGAUCGUGUGCAAGGCGGAUGACCAUCAUUCACGAUGCUCAGAGGGCUGCGUGCCCGGUCUGAACCGCGGGAAACCCUACCCCCAGGUACACGAUGUCACCACAAAGGACCACGUGAUCGCCGAGCCAGCCAAUCAAAAAGCGGAUAAGGAUGCACCAAUUAGAAGCACUCGUGCUGCUCUGAAGAGUCAUCAGCACAAGGAGGAACGCAAGUACCUACUUUCCAAGGGCCCCAUCUCAUUGAUAGAGAAAGAGCCAGCGAUACAAAGAGAACAGGUGCCGGCGGCUGCCGCCAAAGAGGAUGCGCCGUCGGACAGGAAGCAGAAAAGGGCGGAAAAUAAAAGCAAGACUCCGCAGGCUGGAGAGAAGGCAUCCAAUCUUGGUUCGCGCACCGCUACGAAUGUCCUUCUGAUCGUUCUUACAGCAUGCACAAUAUUCGCGCUUGUUGGAAUGCUUUACCUUGGACGCAAGAUUCAGAAGGAAAAGGCACGAGGACAGUCAGGAAAGGCUCCAGACAAGUCCUGCGCCCAGUGUCCCCCUCUAAAUGUGUCCUCUGAGGUGUCCGUGACCCCCCCGACUUGUACCCAGGCCAGGAUGCGAGCUGGCACGGUGUGUACGUUCUCGUGCCCCCCCUUCUACCGAGUACACGGCCCUCCCAUCAAGGAAUGCAUGGAUACGGGCACCUGGACGGACUCGCAGAUCCGCACUUCUUGCACAGAUGUGAAUGAGUGCAAUGUUCUCAAUGGCGGCUGCAGCCACACGUGUGUGAACACGAUCGGGGGGUACUACUGCAAGUGCCCCCCCUACCUCAAGCUCGACAAGGACAUGCACCGCUGCAGAGCUGACGGGCUCCAUUUGCAAUGCGGCGUCCAUGACAUGCGGAUAGACAUCCCAAAGGCCCUGAUCCAUAACCUCCAUCACGAGCACCUCCGCUUGAACGACGACAAGUGCGGAGCCACUUCGAACGCGACACACUACAGCUUGCGCACUCAACUCACCGGGUGCGGCACAACGUCCAGGCAGAUCAAAGAUUUUAUCGUCUACAGCAAUAAGGUAUCUGAGGCUGCCGAUGAGGAUACCUCUAAGAUCGGUCGCGUCCUCCCCGGCGAAGUGCAGAUCCCGUUUUGCUGCUAUUACCAUAACCGUGAGAUCGUGCACGCGGUGGGCUUCGGCCCUCGUAGCCGCGAGGUGUACAUCAAGGUCAAAGGGCGUGGCCAGCUCAAGCUAAAGCUGGACUUCUACAAGGGACAGCGGUUUAGAUCUGCGUACACCUGGGACGAUUACCCCGUCAAUGUCCAUCUGCGCCAGCGUCUGUUCUUCGAGGUUUCCCUAGAGACCAAAGAAAAAGACCUGGCCGUGUUUGCGGACAACUGCUGUUCCACCCCGACGCGUGACCACGAGCAGUCACGCUACUUACGUCACACAUUCCUUCAUAAUGGUUGUCCAGUGGAUAAGACGGUCCGGUUCCACAAAUCUCCGAGAAAGACAAAAGAGCGCUUCAGUCUAGAGGCCUUCAAAUUUCUCGGCGACCACCCCUUCGUCUUCAUCCAUUGUCACGUAAUCGUUUGUAAUGCAAACGACCCUAACUCACGGUGCGCCAAGGGAUGCGUGCGCAGCAGCAAGGCUCUUCCCGCGCACCCGAAGAAGGCCGCUGCCCACAAAGCCACUAUUCACCGCGGGCCCAAUCUCCUUCACCACGCUGCCGCAAAGGCUCAUGGGAAGGCCCAUGGCAAACACAAACGUGAUCUGGGGGCUGUCACGCUCGAUAAGAUGCACGAAGUCACGCUAAGCCAGGGUCCUUUCCUGAUGGAUGAGUCAGCACGGAGUUAUGAUAAGCGCGCGAGGGUGCCGGAGAUCAGUAACGACGAGACGGUGGAAAAGACACAACCACGGGAGAAACAGGAACGCGAUCAAGGGCUGGGGAUGAUGAGUACUGUUCUGCUGGUUGCCAUGACAGUAGCAUCAAUAAUGGCUCUAGUUGGCGUCCUCUACAUGGGCUACAAGUCCAAGCAUGUUACACCAAUUGGCUACUACCAGGUCAACACUCGAAUGGACAAGAUCUAGACCUUCCUUAGGACGUAAAUAGCUGGGAUGUCAAUCAUCUGAUUUUAUGUAGUAGCCCGUCCAACGUUACCCGUGCAGACUAUUUAAAAUGCAUGAUAUUUCGUUCCGUUCCGUGAUUAAGUCGAUCCCGCCGAUCGUCUAAUACAAGUGCAUUUUUUUUUAAAUAAACAAUAGCGAAGUAGAAAA